AAAAUGACAAAUGACAGUUGUAAACAAUCGCGCGCAAUGCUGUUGAACUAAAAAAUAUAUUUGAGGCUCGCCAAAGUGUAUAAAUAUGUUAAAUAAGGUUUUAUAAUGCUCUAAUUGUAAAUAAUAUUCGAAAUUUUAUUAGACUAUUGACUUAGUAAAUAACAUGAAUGAAGAUAUAAAUGUUACGUUUAUUAUCCCUCCGGAGUGCAGAAAUGAAAAUGAUUGUUCUGAGGAAAUGCAGCUGGCUUUCACUGCUUGUGAGCAACACAGCGGUGGAGGUAUCAAGGCGCAGUGGCAAGCCCAGGCUACUUGGAAGAAAUUUAUAGGACUAACAAAGAAAGAUGUUUUUGUUGUUUCUGAGUUUCAAGGAGAGUUUUUUGAGAGACUCAGGUUGACCAAAUGUUUAUUAGUAGGGCCUCGAUGUAUUUCGUGUUGUCUAACGGAGGGCAUAUCAAUACCAUCAGGCCCUGAGCCGGUUUUCACUAUAGCCAUGAGAGGUCUUGUGGUCACAGCCAGUGGUCUUUCAAAACAACAGAAGGAAAAUAUCAAGAAGAAAGUUCAUUGGAUGGGAGGAUUAUAUAGCACGGUGCUGACAGAAGACACCACUCACCUAGUAGCAGACACAGUGCUCUCCGAUAAAUAUGUUAAAGCUGUGGAAAGGAAUUUACCCGUGAUGAAGGAUACCUGGAUUGAAGCGGUAUGGGAAACAUCUCUGAGGCUAAACAUAAGUGCUGCCUCAUCAGACUUCGACGAUCAUAAAUUACCACCAUUUGCAAACUUACAGGUCACAACAACCGGCAUAACUAAAAAGGACAAGGCGUUGGUAAUGAAGCUUGUCAGUGAAAAUGGCGGAACAUUCUCCGGAGCAUUCCAGAGCGAGACAACAGAUAUUGUUGUUCUCAAUAAGGACAGUAUAGGAAGUGAGAAAUAUAAAGCGGCUUUGGAAUAUGGUAAGGCAUGUGUUCUACCGUCCUGGGUGAUUGAUUCCGCUGCCCGUGGUGUGGCGCUGCCUUUAUCAAAAUAUAGAGUCGCUGGGGCCUCUACAUCAUCACCUCUAUCGGAACAUAGAGCACCGGAUAUGAGUUUGAAUUUCUCAAGAAUAACAAAUCUGAGACCUCCCAGUAAUUUUGUCGAUGAGAGCAGAGCCGUCGAUAUUUCAACAAUGUCUGGUAGAAUGAAGCUAUCACAGGAAGCAAAGAAAUCAAAUGAUACUUCAGCAGAGAAGGAAUUGUUGUCUCAUUUUGAGAAGCUUGAUGUGACUACUAUCAAAAAAGCCGGACCCAUAUUCGAUGGAUUCUGUAUUUGGUUGACGGGUGUGGAGGGCCCGGCCCGCGACCGCGCCGCCGCCUGUAUCUCUCGCUGCGGCGGCGUGCGGUACGACUGUCCACACGAGCGCGUCACACACGCACUGGCCGGUACUGCUGCCGCUGCUGCUAGUGCCAGUGCUGCGCUGCCUAGUGUACCCGUUCUGCAGCCUAUGUGGCUGGUGAAGAGCGUGCUGGCUGGACGGCCGCUGGGAGAAGCUGAGUUUUUAAUAAAUACAAAACCUGCAACACCGGUCAAAGCUCGCACAAAGAUCGAACCCGCGUCUCCGAUGAGCAAGCGAAACAUGCAGCUACUGAGACACGGACCCCUGGACCUGCCGCCGCCCACGCCCGAGGUGGAGGAACCGCCGGAUGAUAUCGUUCAUCAUUACUUGAGUCAAAGACAAGAGCAAGAGAAGACUCCAGAACGUGUGAUGCCAGCUGAGCCGGAGCAACCGGAUGUGACAGAAGACCUCGACGAGCCCUCUGAGGAGGACAUAGAGCAGAUAUUUAAGGGCGUAACGAUACAAGUCCGAGGUCUGGAUGAGGAGGCGAUUACUGAGAUAGCUGCGGAGGUGUCCGCGGCUGGCGGGCUGUUGGUGGCAGGGGGCGGGGUGAGGGGUGGUUCUGGGGCGGCGCCCUACGUGCUGGUGCCGCUGGAGUGGGACGGGGAUGAGGACGGGGAUGGGGACCUCGUCACGGUGUUCUGGAUUAAAGAUUGUUUGUCCCGACAAGAACUCUUAGAGAUCCAGUACUAUCAUCGUCCUGUUAAACUGCCGCAGUGGAGCGUGCCUCCCUUAGAAGGAGUGGUGGCCAGUUUGAGCACGUACAGCGGAUUCGAGAGGGCGUUCCUAGACGAGCUCGCCAAACUACUGGGCGCCACCACGCAGCUUCGCUUCUGUCGCCGCAACACGGCGAACGCUCUGGCCUCUACUCACCUGAUAUGUCCGACGGCCUCGGGCGAUAAGUACCAAGGCGCCGUGAAGUGGGGUCUGCCCGCCGUCACCGCGGACUGGCUCGUCGACUGCGCUACUGCUGGUACUCGAAAGAAAGAAACAAAAUAUUUAGUAGGGGAAACUAAAGCACCGCCGUCUCCGGAACAGCAGCGGGGACAGGAAGAGAGGCCGCGUGAUGACACGAGUGUAGAACACAGGCACACGGACAAAGAGAAUGCUAUGUUCCCACCGAACGCCGCGCCUAGACGUGGCUCCAUACCGGAACAAGUCACAAAAGGUGCUGACACAGAAAUGUCCCCAGCCUCCCGGUACAUAGCGAUGGCGCGUCAAGGAUUGCUGGGAGGAGACUCACAGGAGACACCGAAUACAUCCCACGACACACGGGACGGAGAUAAACAAGCCGACGUCCAAGUCCGCACACCUCAGCUAGACGACGCGUUGUCCACUCCCAAUCUCAUGGGGCUGAGUCCUACCACCCGGCGGAGGUUGCGGGCCGUCAGGAGGGGGGAGAUGCCCUCCGACCCCAUCAGGACACCCACUGAUCCCUUCCCCCGUGCUCCGUGUACCCCCGACAGUUCGUUCUGUGCGGCCGUGGCGGGCGGUCGCCUGUCUCCGGGCGCGAGGAAGACGCUCUGGUCGCUGGUGGACCGCCUCCCUACCGGGACACCGGCCGCCGCGAGGUCGCACACGCCGUUAUCAGAGAUCAGGAAUCGUUUUCUGUCUCAGUUCAACGACUCGCCAACAGAUGGCAGCGUCAGUAACAACACUGUGCCCAGGAAAUUGCAUUUGCACGAACAAGCAGAAACACCGCCGGCGAAAAUGGCGAAAACUUUUGAAGAUCAGAGCGCGGGUGGGAUGAAUAUAUCCGAAGAUAACGACGGCUCCAAAAGCGCUGUCAGCGCUACAACAGUCGAUACGCCGAAAAGCACAACAUUGCCACCGGUGGUCGACGCACAGCUGCAGCGCUUGAGCGCUGUACUCGCCAGCCGACUGAGUUCACAACGGAAACGAACAAGAGACUCCGUUCCUUCACAUAAUAGCGAUCCGCCCCCGCCUCAAGACAGCGAGCCGGCCCCCGAGUCACAACCGAACACAGUCGGCUGGGACGACACCGCGAGGAAGACGGAACACACCAACAGACCGACAGUCAGGAAGUUCAUGUUGUCGUCAAAUGUCGACAACCGUGAAGAGAUCGCCGCUAUGAUCCAGUGUCUGGGCGGGGAAGUGUCGGACAGUCCUGAACUAGAUUUGUUCGCUACGCACUUACUGUGCGCCGCGCCGGGGAGGAGUGAGAAGAUGCUGGGUUCAGUGGCCGCUGGGAAGUGGAUCCUUCAUCCCGCUUAUGUAUCCAGGAGCCGUGCCGCUGGGAGGUUCCUCGAGGAAGAAGAAUACGAGUGGGGAAACCCUAAAGCGGCAUGUCUACCGACUCUGACCGGGGCCGAGAAGAGCUUAGCGCAGGCGGCCUAUCGCUGGAGGGCGGUGAGGAAGGCCGGGGGGCGAGGGCCCUUCGACGGCAUGAGAGCUAUACUACACGUGCCCGCGGCUAGGAAGAGGCUACUGGCCAGGUUGCUGGAGGCUGGCGACGGAAUCGCUUGUGACGAUGAGCCCCCGUACUCCGAGGUGAACGUGACGGUGUGUUUCGCUGAUCUCAAGCGCUAUCCCUUGUCUGAGAGGGAUUCCUCUUGGUUCGUGUCUCGCGGCACCCCGGUCUGCCCCCCGGUGCUGCUGAGCUCCUACCUCACCGAGGACACGCCCCCCGACCCGCUGCAACACUGCUUUCCCAAUUUUAGACCUUAAUUAAAUAUAUAUAGAGCU